GUGGCCCAUUCCGACGAAGUGGCGACCCAAGUCCCGCGCCCCGGCCGACAUUCCGAGACGCACUCGAGACGCGCUCCUGAUCGCUCCGUCAUUCCAUGGCGCGCCACGCGAGUGCGACCGUUUAGUUUGGAGCACGUUUCAUUUGUCUUCUUCUUCUUCGGCACAAUGUGUAAUCGGCUCCUGUCAAAGUGUGCGUUGUUGCUGUUGUUGUUGUUGCUGUUGUUGUUGCGAAGAGGGCGUCAUGCAGAUGCAGGUGUCGGUAGGGUCCCAGUGGAUUUCCCAGAUGGAUCCCUUGGUUUGGGAGGGGUUUUUUUUAGCUGUUGAUGGUGAAAAUCCAUGCGCCUCUUGGGACUUCAUGGUGGAGUCGUCACUGGAGCUGUCGGUCGUAUGGGGAGCGCUUGGGAGAGACGGAGCCGCAUCUCCAUUCUCCAUCACCCGACGGAGUCCCAGUCCACCACUCGUGCUGCACCAUAGCAGUCGCUUGUGUGAGCGAGAGAGAGAGUGUGUGUCAUUCCGGUAAUCAUCAUUCAGCGUGAAGAGAGAGAGAGAGGGGGUAAGUCUUUAGACGAGACAGAUCCGAAUCUGCAGGAUAUAAAUGAACGAAAGGCUUUCGGUGGAUAUUUAGGAAGGCGCUGUUUGCACACCGCUCAUCUACAGCCUGGGUGGCGAAUAUGUAAAUGUUCAUAUUCACAUCAACACCACCCAUAGACGAUAUAGAAUACUAGAUUACUAUGUGUUUGUUAUCGUAUACAUCGUUUCAUAAUCUAUACAACUGCCGUUUGUGAGACUCUGCAAACGUCGAUAUGCAUUGAUUUGUACAGCCCUUCUGUCAAUCCACCGCUAGACGAGGGUUAUUUCCACGUCACUUGACCAUAGGGCGAGGUUGUUUGGCCAUACUUCACCACGCUGGUCACGCCACCAAAGCGUCCGACCUUCCAAUGUCGCUCACCCACCGAGGUGGUCUCCGCUGUCACCUUUGACAGCUGGCCAGCCCGCACGUCCCCCGGCACGGCAAUGGGCUGUGAGCGCGCCGCGCUCAUCGUACUGGGCAGCGUGCUCCUCACCCUCCUGCUCGCCGUGCCGGCCACGUGGCGCGCUCGCCGGGACCCGGAGCAGUCGCCUCCACCACCAACGGCGCCAUCACCGCCGCCACCACCACCGCCACCGCCGCCCUCCUGGAGACGCAGGCUCACGGGCGGCGAGAGGCGCCAGUCACCGUCGAGGGCCGUGCGCGACCUUCGGAGGCCGCAUGGGUGGGCGAGGAUGGCGCGCCGACGAGGUCGGCUCUACUGCCAGGUGGGCAUCGGAUUCCACCUGCAGCUGCGACCCAGCGGCAAGAUCAGUGGCACCCACAGAGCCAACUCCUUCAGUGAGUACGGCCCGACUCUCCUGCAUGCCCAGGCCCUCUCGCGUGCUGCCUGGACCCUCGGCUUUCCUACCGAUUUGAAUCUCGCUCGCACCGCAGGUGUCCUGGAGAUUUUCUCUGUCGCCAGAGGAGUUGUGGGCAUCUGGGGUGUCUCCAGUCGCCGGUUUUUGGCCAUGAACAGGAAAGGAAAAUUAUACGCGACGAGCUCCUUCACGGACGAGUGCCUCUUCGCGGAGAGCUUCCAGGAGAACGGCCACAACACGUACGCUUCCGAGCGCUACGGGGCCGCCGCGGGGUCAGGCGGCGAGGGCGCCUGGCUCGUGGCCCUCAACAAGCUGGGCCGCGCCCGCCGCGGCACGAGCCCCCGGGUACGCCGCCAGCACGCCUCCACGCACUUCUUGCCCCGGCUGCGGCGUGUCGCGGCCGCCGGCGAACGAGGCUUUAGGGUCGUGAGUUCGAGCCCGAGACGCGUGCCGCCCGUGCAGGCCGAGACGCGAGCGGGCGCCGCCUCCGAGCACGGGCAGAUCGAGACCCCCGGCGGCAGCCGCGGAAAGGAGGUCGCGAAGUACCUGCCGAGAUUCCGGUUUGGUUAAAGUUCGUGCCUCGUGCUCUUGAGCUUGUAAUUCUUCUGUGCGGUGACAACACGCUCCCCUUGCGCAUCAUUACACAAAGUGCGCGUGAGAGUCUCCCGAGGAUUACUUCGCCCCCCCCCCCCCCCCCACGCCACGUUGGAAUCCCAUAAUCAUCGCGCCCUCAAGGUGAUGAUGACGACGACACGAUCUUUAAGAUGGUCUUGCCAUUACGUUUGCAGGUUAAAAAGCUAAUUGCCAUAAGAUUUGCCUUAUUAGUGUAAGUAGUGAUACUGCUUUCCACCAAUGUUAGCUGCGGCCUACGAAUUUAACUCGGGUAGCUGUGUUCAGAAUGCAAUUGCCCUAUGUAUGUUGAACUUCUUUGGCACCGUACGUAGCCAACCGUGCUAAUCGGAGGUGUGAAAGCUAGCUUACUACUGCGCCACCGCUCAUCGCCGUAACAAACAGGUGUGUUAUUUUCCUCACAACACAUAGGCCUUCGCGUGUCAAUCGGCAGAGUAGAUGUUCAGGUGUUUAUUACUCAGAGCGGCACAGCACGUGCACGAUGAGCUUAAACUCCGUCUCCAUAGCUACACGACUACAACCACAAUUGGUUAAGCGCCGUGGAAGAUGAUGCCCGGCAUGAUAAGCCCCGCCGGGAAUUCGCCUGGAUGCAAUUUGCGUCAUGCCAUGUUCCGCUUGAAAGGCGUACGGCGAUGGCGGUGGUGGCUAAUUACCAGCUGGAAUCGGUCUUCGGCGAGGUUAAGUAAAUAGCGCUUUAAUACCCAGCAGCCCACCCGCGACCCUCACCCGCACCGCGCUGCUAUAAUUAUAGCUGUAAGCACCAACAUGAAAAACACUGAUUUAUAGCUUUGGCGUGGUGGGGGGGCGGGGAAGUGCGGGUUGCCUGUGUCGUCACAUCCGUUCGACUGUGACGUCAUCGCGCGGCGGUGACAUCGUCGCGCGUGGGAAUAAUGCAUGGCGACACAAGUUACGAGC